UUAAACUCGAUUGUACAUUUAGAAGACAACGAGCGUUGCUUAAAAGUAUUGCUUUUGAGUUAUAACCAUUUGCCGGUACACCUCAAGCCAUGUUUUCUGUAUAUGGGAGUUUUUCCCGAAGAUAGGAAAAUCCAUGUCUCCUGGCUCGUAAAAUUAUGGGUUUCCGAAGGAUUUCUGAAACCAAUUAGCGGCAAAAGCUUGGAAGUGGUUUCGAGAGAGUAUUUAGAGGACCUUUGUGACAGAAAUCUCAUUAGAGUUCAUCAAAGAGGGUCUAAUGGGAAAAUAAAAUUUUGCAACAUACAUGAUCUCUUGAGGGAAGUAUGCUUAAGAGAAGCUGAGAGAGAGAAGUUCCUUUACGUCCCAAGAAAGCAUAGCCUCAACAUUGCACAAGGAAUAAAUACGCAACGCCGCAUUAUUAUUCAUCAAAGCGAAUCGGAGACUGGAUAUCUCCGUGACGUCCUGCAAGUGAACAAUACGUUGCUAUCGGUGCCCCUUGCCCGUUCAUUGAUGUGCAAAUUUAUGCUUUUACCAUCACACCCCGGAUCUAAUUAUAGAUUGUUGAGGGUGCUGAAAGUAGUUGAUAAACAUUCAUAUUCUGGCUAUCAUGCGUCAGAUUCCAUAGAAGCCGUUCUUCAGCUAGUUAACUCGAGGUUCCUUGCCAUCGGAGCUGAUUGGCAGAAUUUCAGAUUUCCUUCUUCAGUGUAUCUCCUUUGGAAUCUACAAACUUUAAUCGUUAAGGAUAUGUUUUACGCUGUCGCACCAUCCGUAAUUUGGAAGAUGACUCAACUAAGGCACAUCGAGUUCGGUCUACUUGAUCUGCCCGAUCCUCCUAUUGGUGGUGACGACGACUUUGUCUUGGGGAAUCUACAGACUCUCUUGAAAAUAAGAAAUUUCAAAUGUGGAGAAGAGGUAGUUAAGAGAAUCCCCAACGUCAAGAAAUUACAAAUAUGUUAUCUUGAGGAAUUCGAGGGAUGUUCAAGUUACUCUCUCAACAAACUUGUCCGUCUACAUAAACUCGAAUCCUUUAGCUGCUUCUUUUAUUCCCAAAAGAAACCACACCGGAACGAUUUGCUGCGGAACUUGAUCCUCCCGAAUUCCAUCAAGAAGUUGGCUCUGAGGGGGACCAAUCUAUACUGGGACGACAUGAAGACAAAGAUAGGUUUGUUACCCAAUCUUCAAGUACUCAAACUGCAAUAUAAUUCCUUUGUAGGACCCGAGUGGGAAACCGUUGACGGGCAAUUCUGCAACCUAAGAUUCUUGCAAAUCUACACGUGUAGUGAUCUGGAAUGGUGGACAACGACAGACAGCUCCCACUUUCCACGCCUUGAGCAUCUUGUUCUCUGUAACAUGGAUAAGUUGAACGAGAUGCCGUCGUGUAUUGGAGAAAUACCAACGCUUCAAUCCAUUGAGUUGAAAAAUUGUAGCGACUCAACUAUCAUCUCUACUAGAAGAAUAUUGGAGGAACAAGAGGAACUCGGCAAUGUAGGCCUUCGAGUUCGAGUUAUCUUAUUCAAUCAAGAACACUUGGAGAGCUUGGCUAGAUCCAAUUUUCAAAUUGAAGAAUCUCGCAGUACACAGUGAGUGAACCCACGUGCGGAACAUAAAUCGGAGAAUGGAGGUCCGGAAGCUGAUCGCUUGUCGAGUUAUCGAGCUCAGAUUGACAAUUUAAUCGAUUCGAUUGUUGUUACAAUUCGGUCCGAACCUGAUCGGUGAAUAAAGUUUUUUUUCUUCUCUCAUGAACAUAUAAAAUCAUAUAAACCCGUAUUUCCGAGAUCUAAA